GAGGAGGAUACGGUGCUGUGCGUAAAGCAGCAAGCACAGUAUCCUGCGUUCCACUUCCGCCGCGACCUGCGCUGUUUCUUCCAUUCCUUCUCUACCGCAGGCAGCGGUCGGCUGAGCCCCCGCAGGUAGCCUCUGCUACCUGUCUCGGCCGCUCCGCGCGUUUUGCAGCAUCAUCGGGAACCGCCGCGGCUCAGGCGGCGCCGCUGUCCGCCCGUAGGGUCAGGGCAGGGAACAGGGCGGGCCGCACCACGCCUUGUCGUGUCGCGCCGGCAGCCCCUCCCUCCUCUCAUCACCCCUUUCUGUCUCUGUCCCGCAGCAGCACCUGGUCCUGCCGCCCCUCAAAGCCUCCCGGGCAGCUGCGGUGAGUCCAUGUGAACCCUGGCCGCGGGCGCUCGCCCGCGGUUCCGAAGGCUGCACACCCUCUGGUCGUGCUCCCUGGCAAUGGCAGUAGGUGGAGGACGUCGAGGCAGCGCUGAAGUGAGCGGGGGCGUCAUGGCGUCCUGGCAGCGAAGUCGGCCGGGGCCCGGCUUGGUGCAACUGUGGGGCUUGUGCUGCCUGGUGCUGGGCUCCUGGAGGAGUGCGCUGGGCUGCCCCACAUCCUGCCGCUGCAGCUCCUGGCGGAUCUGGUGUGCAGAGCCGGCACCGGGCAUCAUCUCCUUCCCUGUGCCGCAGCGGAGCGCUGAGGGUGACAAUAUCACCGAGAUUUACAUCGCAAACCAGCAGAAAUUAGAAAGCAUCAAUGACAAUGAAGUUGGAUUUUAUGUUGGACUUAAAAAUCUGACUGUGGUGGAUUCAGGCUUAAGGUUUGUGUCCCAUCAGGCAUUUGUGAAAAACGUCAACCUACAAUACAUCAAUUUAUCCAGAAACAAGCUCUCAAGUUUGUCCAAGAAGCCUUUUCACCAUCUGGGUUUGUCUGAUCUGAUAUUGCUGGACAAUCCAUUCAAGUGUUCCUGUGAAAUUAUGUGGAUCAAGAAAUUUCAAGAGACCAAGUUUUACAGAGAAACUUGGGAUUUAUAUUGCAUAGAUGACAGCACCAAGAGAACAUCCUUGCUGGAUAUGAAGGUCCCAAACUGCGACUUGCCCUCAGCAAAAUUAAGCAGUUACAACAUCACCGUGGUGGAAGGAAAGAACAUCACAUUGUACUGUGAUACUACUGGAGGGCCGCCCCCUAAUGUAUCCUGGGUGCUCACUAAUCUUGUUUCAAAUCAUGAGAGUGACACAAGUAAGAAUCCUGCCUCACUAACCAUAAAGAACGUUUCAUCUGUGGACAGUGGACUGUGGAUUUCUUGCGUAGCAGAGAAUAUUGUGGGAGAGGACCAAGCCUCUGCCGAGCUCACAGUAUUCUUUGCACCAAAUAUCACAUUUAUUGAAUCUCCAACCCCGGACCACCACUGGUGUAUUCCAUUCACUGUGAAAGGGAACCCUAAGCCCACAUUGCAGUGGUUCUAUGAAGGGGCUAUACUGAAUGAGUCUGAAUACAUCUGUACUAAAAUACAUGUUAUCAAUCAAAGUGAAUAUCACGGCUGCCUUCAGCUGGACAACCCUACCCAUCUGAACAAUGGUGCUUAUACCUUACUAGCAAAGAACGAGUAUGGAGAGGAUGAAAAAUGGGUUAAUGCUCAUUUCAUGUCAGUGCCUGGAGAUGAAGCAAGCAAACCAAAUCACCCUUUUUUCCUUUCCUAAGAGUAUGAAACCACGCUUAAUGAUCUUGAAGACACCACAAAUAAUAGUCAUCGAAUCACUUCUGCAGAUGUUUCCAAAAAAGAGAAUGAAGAUAGUAUCACUGUAUAUAUUAUGGUGGGAAGUGCAGCACUGGUGUGCACUGGCUUAGUAAUAAUGCUCAUUAUUCUGAAGUUUGGAAGACACUCUAAGUUUGGGAUGAAAGGUCCUUCUUCAGUUAUCAGCAAUGACGAUGAUUCGGCAAGUCCCCUCCAUCACAUCUCAAAUGGCAGUAAUACUCCAUCUUCUUCUGAGGGAGGUCCUGAUGCAAUCAUCAUUGGAAUGACAAAGAUUCCCAUAAUUGAAAAUCCCCAAUACUUUGGAAUUGCUAAAAGUCAGCUCAAGCCAGACAACUUUGUUCAGCACUUCAAGCGCCACAAUAUUGUUCUUAAAAGAGAACUCGGAGAAGGAGCCUUUGGAAAAGUCUUUCUGGCUGAAUGCUAUAACCUGUGUCCUGAGCAGGACAAGAUCUUGGUGGCAGUGAAGACGUUGAAGGAUGCCAGUGACAAUGCCCGCAAGGACUUCCACCGUGAGGCAGAGCUGCUGACUAACUUGCAACAUGAGCACAUCGUCAAGUUCUAUGGUGUCUGUGUUGAGGGUGAUCCACUCAUCAUGGUCUUUGAGUAUAUGAAGAAUGGAGAUCUUAACAAAUUCCUCAGGGCACACGGACCAGAUGCAGUACUGAUGGCAGAAGGCAACCAUCCUGCUGAACUGACUCAAUCCCAGAUGCUUCGCAUUGCCCAGCAGAUUGCAGCUGGUAUGGUUUACUUGGCAUCACAGCACUUUGUGCAUCGGGAUCUUGCUACCCGGAAUUGCCUGGUUGGUGAGAACCUGCUGGUGAAGAUUGGGGAUUUUGGGAUGUCUAGAGAUGUGUACAGCACAGACUACUAUAGGGUUGGAGGUCACACAAUGCUGCCUAUUCGUUGGAUGCCUCCAGAAAGUAUCAUGUACAGAAAGUUCACCACAGAAAGCGAUGUCUGGAGCCUGGGGGUCAUAUUAUGGGAAAUAUUUACCUAUGGCAAACAGCCAUGGUAUCAGCUCUCAAACAAUGAGGUGAUUGAGUGCAUCACUCAAGGCAGAGUGCUGCAGCGACCUCGCACAUGCCCCAAGGAAGUAUAUGAGUUGAUGCUGGGCUGUUGGCAAAGAGACCCUCACAUGAGGCUCAACAUCAAAGAAAUACAUUCCCUCCUCCAGAAUUUGGCUAAGGCAUCUCCAGUUUACCUGGAUAUUUUAGGCUAAAAUAUCCUAGCAUUUCUUCUUAUGAUCUGCGUGAAUGAAUGUAUUCAACUGCCACUGAACUCCAUUAAAAUGUGUUCUUAACUUUGACAGUACUAAUGACAAAGAUAUGAAGAAGCUUUCAAAAGGCAAGCAAUGUACACAUCUAUAGACACAGUACUGACUUUUUAGACAUUGCUGAAGCAUAUCUUCACUCUCAGUUUCUAUCAUUUUUCCUCUAAUCAAUUUGGUUUCUGCAUUAUUGUAACUCUGCAUAGACAAAGGCCUUAAAAACUUGAUCUGUUAUAUCAGCAGACUCUCCAGUUAACCCACCGCAACUAACAAUGGCUUGUUGUAUUCAUGCUUUUGAUGUGGAUGAAUAGAAAAAUAUAUUUAACUCAAACUUUGUGAUUUCUUCUGUAUAGAUACCAGGAGUCUCUUUGUAUUCACCUCAGUUUUUUUGCUUCAGCAUAUGGGUAGAAAAAGACUAAUGUUCUUUACAUGAAGCAUAUUUCUUGCAGACACAAAGCUAGAUGGAAUGAGAAGAGCACUUAUGUGACCCAAUGUCUGAAAGAACCAUGGGAUCAGAUGGCAUCCAAAGCCACUAAAAAAAUCACAAACAAUUUGAUGGAAGGCAAGAGAUGGUUUAGCACUUUCCUUGGAUAGUCUUUCUGAGGAGUAAAGGGAUUGUUCAAGGAGGUGCAUGGCCAGCAUUUUUCAUUGCCAGAUACAAGUCUAUGAUAAAAGGGAAAAAGAUAUUGUCUGCACUGCACACAAUUAUGCUACAAAAUGAUGAACAAAACACAUGCCCUUAUUUUGUCUUCUGGUAGGAUAUUGGCAUGCCACUGGUAUAAAAAUGUUCUCCAGCUAGUCUUUGGUAAUAAAGGCUGAAGCUAGGCUUAUUAAUGUACAGGAUUAAUUUCAGGAUCAAGUGUUUAAACUAAGGAUUUUGUUAAGAUAGGGUACGCUAUAGAUGCUGGGGUAGGUGUAUCUUAUAUGGUGCUUGUCCAGCAGCAUACUCCUUCCUUCCUCAAUAUUUUUUAACUGUGCAAGCAAAACUGCAUGGUAUUUGUUGAUUAAUGCCCUUUGUGCAGAAAAUAAACUUUCAUCUUGUAGUACACCCUUGUACUAACUCAUAUAUAUAAACCUCAUAUAGCUAACUCAUAAUAACAUUAACUUAUAUUUCAUUAAAGGGGCUAAUGGAGGACACAAUUACAAUAGACUGAUAUUACAUGAAUAAUCUAAAGCACAGAGAUCACUGGUUAUGUUUAAGCCACGGUGGGGGAUAGAUUAAGAUCCCUGGACAAAAUAAAUGACAUUGAGAUUACAGCUUACUAUUCAGAGUGCAAAGACCCUGAAUUCAGCACCAUAUUUGUGUCAAUGCUAGUGCUGUCAUUCCCAAUAUCCACUUUAAAAAAAUUAUUUGUUUUUGAUUGGAUGGACAUUGUACAUGUACAGCAUUUGCAUGGCCACUGUGUUGAUGACAAAUGCAUGGGUAUAUCUUGGUUUUCAAACUGGAAGUUGAAGAUUUCAAAUUCAGAGGUAGGAUUAUUUUUAAUAUGAUUUCUUACAAAUGAAAACCUACCUUACCUAGUCCUCAAGACUUUUGCCUCCCUCUGUGAGUGGGCAUUGCUGCAAAAAAAGUGAUCUUUCUUUUCUUUUUCUCUUUGUUUUUUCUUAUUGACAUGAGCCAGAUCAAAAUAGUCCUUCAUCUUUGUGUUGAGAGUAUUAUAUUUAAUAAAUUAAACAUUUUAAUUUUGCAAAUGUUCCCAUAAUAUUCUUAAUAUAUAAUUUACUUGUAUAUAUUAUUUAUUGAGGCACUUUAGCUUGUUCCUUCAGAAGCUUUUAGAGAUAGCUCAUAAACAUUUUGAACAUUUUCAAAAGAAAACAGUUCACAGGACAGUGGUACAUUUUUACCCUUCUCAAUGUCAUUAAAAAGGCAGCAUUACAAAUAAACAUGAGAAUAUAGCUGUAAAGCCAUACUCAGUUUUCCUUUAAUAAACUAGAUGUUAUUUUUUUAACCAGUACUGAACUGGAAACACACAUAAAGUCUAAGAAAAAUUCCAGCAAAAUCAGCCUUAAAAUUUUACUAGACUGUCUUAAAAGUUCACAUAGAAAGCUAGUUCACAUAGAAAGCUAGAUAAAGACUGAGCAUCCAGCGAAACCCAUUCUCUUGAGAAUCUGAUUUUUAUGUUAUAAAGGAAUUUGCACAUAAUUUUCAACAUAACAGCAGUGGAAAAAGAAGGUGUCAUAGUCUGCUAAUACUGUGCAGUAGGAAAGGGUUGCAGGUGAUGGAAGGGGAGGUGUUAAGCUUCUGCCUGCUGUAUUUUUAGUUUCUUAUGAGCUUAAGAAAAAGGCAUUGAGAUGCUUCUGUUGCAAUGUAGGCUCUAACAUUGAAAUCAAACACGUGGAUUUUGCAAGUACUGAAAGAAUGUAUACUCCAAAAAACCAACAAAAACCAAACCCCUGAAAUUGUGCUUUAGCAGCAUCUUAUUUUUUAUUUACUAUGACUAUGACUAAUGACUAUGAGUCAUUUUAGAGACUAGCUAAUGUUACAACAUAUUGUGCAAUAAUGUAGCAGUAUGUUAAACCUCUAAAGCAGGGGUCCUCAAACUACGGCUCGUGGGCUGGAUACAGCCCCCCAGGGUCCUCAAUCCGGCCCCCAGUAUUUACAAAACCCCCCGCCCCCCCCCCGCCGGGGGUUGGGGGGGAAACCAAGCAGCCGCAGAUGACUGCCUGCCACUUCAUCCAUGCGCUGGCCCCCUGUUUAAAGAGUUUGAGGACCCCUGCUCUAAAGGACCAAAUGUUCAACAAAGCCACCAGUAUGGAUAACCUUAAGCUAUAUCAUUACUCUUCUUCAUCAUACAUAAAAGGCAUAAUCAGAGUAGACAAGCUAUUAACUGUAGUUAUAUAUAUUUUACUUUUUUCAUUAAAAGGUAAUAUAUAUGUAUAAAUUUACAUACAUCUACAUUACUGCAAAUUAUAAUUAGUGCUAUUAAAAGUCUGCUAAAUGACCGAAAUAAAAAAAGAAAAAAAAUAUUUUUCUAUGUUUGUGAAAUUCAACUUUUUAGACUGGUGUGCAGCAGAGGAAGUGCUAAAAUGCAAGAGAUAUAACAAGCACUUUUUUCCCCAAAAUGACUGCUUAAAAACUUUUCUUCCAUUCCCAUCUGACUUGCUGAUUUCUCACAAGGAAAUGAUCUAAGCUCCAAAAGCAGUUUGAUUUAUUGUCAUUUUCAGGUUUGUGCUAUUGCUUUUUUUAUUGUCCUAGAAUAACAGUGCAGCUUCACUAGCAUUUUAUAAUUGUAUGUAAUAACAAAAUAAUUCCAGGACUAUUCAGACUGCAGCACUACCUGCAGGACAAUGGUGAGAAUACCAAAAUUCAGCAGUAAUAAUAGCAGCAUUUGCAUGCUCUUUCUCUCUCUCUCCCCCUCACCCACAUCUUUUUGAGAGAUUGUUUCUGUUGUGGCUGAUGUAGACUUUUACAAAACACUUUGAAAAUAAAAGAAAUAACCCAAUAAAAUGAUCAGGUCACUGAAUGACUAAGGUACAACGGGAAUGUGUUAGAACAAGACUAUCUCUGAGUUGUUGCAGCCUGAAAAUUAAUUCAAAUGCUGCUAUAUUGAGGCAAGUGCAGGGGAACAAAUCAGGGUUUCUAAUAAAACAUGAAGGUUUUGAUAGCACAGGAAGUUGUAUUUUCUUGUCAGGGCUGGUAUGAACCAGUGCUGCUUUAAAUCAAAAGCCUUAGUUAGAAUACUUUUGGGUUGUUUUUUUGUGGGAUGGGCGGGUGUGUUACUAUAAUUAAUCACAAAUAUGAAGCAAAAAUUAAAAGUGCACAUGUUUCAGGAAAACAUUGUGAAUUUCACAACAACAGAGUGACUAUUUUGCCAUCUUUUAAAGAUAUUUCAGGAGAAGGAAAAGGAAAUUCUAAGUACAUUAUUUUACCAUCUAUGCAUUCUAGACCAGGUCUACAGGUUGGUGGUUUUUUUUGUUUGCUUGUAGAAGACUGAGUGACAACCGGCUAGUGUUUUAUAAACACUGAUUACUUUGAGCAAGGAUAAUAGAAGCUGCUAGUAGUGGGGCUUUUUGAUAGAUAUAUGUAAGAAAACAGAGAUCAAAUCAAAUCUUUACAGAGGCCUCUUGCAGCUUAUAUGUAUCAUUCUGCAACUUAAUGAAAACCAGCUAAGAAUGUUUUAUAUAUACAAGAAAUUUAAUUCAACACUGGUGUUCAAUUACAUCACCAAUAGAUAUAGAAUCAAUUAUGAAAUAUUUGUCCCAGCCCUGCACUUCACCUAUACUUUAUGUAUAUACAUAUAUUUCUAAAUCUCUCUUGCUUUGUCACCUGAGACAGAUAGACAUAUCUACAUAUAAAUAUAGAUCUCCAUAUUGUCACCAAACUGUGACCUGGUGUGUAGUGCUAUCUUUCUACUUUCCUUUGUCUUUUUCUUUUCUUAUGUGAUGUCUCUGUGCAAAUAUUUAGUGGUCCUCAUUUUGCAGUUUGCUAUAGCAAGGCUGAUUUUGAAGUGAUGCCUAUGUAUCAGUGUUAAAAGUUUUGUUUCUGAAUCAUGUGACCAGCUUCUCUUGACAUGACAUGGAAAGUUUCUUGUGUUAUAGUGUAUUUAAUAAAAAUGAUGUCUUACAAUAAACAAUGUAAUUCAAAAGAAAGAUUCAAUGAUUACUUUAAAAGACAUACAAUUUUCAUGAAGGGCUGUGUGCUAUUUUAUUUUUUGUUUUAAUGUCUUUGUUCACCUCCAUUCCUUCUGAAAAGGUUGAAAUUAAGAUAUAGUUUAGUAUGCU